UCUUUCUUUCUCUCUUUCUCUCUCUCUCUCUCUCUCUCUCUCUCUCUCUCUCUCUUCCUCUCUCUCUUUCUUUCUCUCUCUCCCCAAUCAGAGUUCUCUACCUGCAGGAAGUUGUGCGGCUCUGAGUUUAAGCUCCUCCCCUGGGGGCUCGCGCUGCUUUAGAGAGAGCGCACCGGCUGCGCGUGACUGCAUGGAGUCGGUACAGCUGGGCUCGCGCGCAUAAACCCGCAGGCUCCCGCAGAAACCCACGCGCGCGCAAGCAGAGAGUCAUGCAGUACCCGCACGCGGUCCGCCCCGCGCCACUGUACGCGCGCACCCCGCUGCAGCCCGCGCACCCGACGCCCUUCUACAUCGAUGAUAUCCUGGGCAGGGGUCCCGCGCCGCCCGCCGCCGCCGCGCCGCCGCCCGCGCUGCCCUCCCCGCACUCCUCCUUCACCGCAGUGCACGCGCCCCCUCCGCCCUGCGCCUACAGGAGCCCCGCGUACGGAGACCCCGCGCUGACGCACCACGCCGCCCUGGCCGCCGCCGCCGCGGCCGCUGCGCUCGGGGGCGCGCUCUACCCGCUGCACGCGCACGCACUCAUCAGGCACGAGCCUCUCGCUAAGCCGCUGCUGUGGAGUCCGUUUCUGCAGAGGCCGGUUCAUAAGAGGAAAGGCGGGCAGGUUCGGUUCUCUAAUGAUCAAACUAUUGAGCUGGAGAAAAAGUUCGAGACCCAGAAGUAUCUCAGCCCCCCGGAGAGGAAAAGACUCGCCAAGAUGCUGCAGCUCAGCGAGAGACAGGUAAAAACGUGGUUCCAGAACCGCAGGGCCAAAUGGAGGCGCCUCAAACAGGAGAAUCCUGCGGUCAGUAAGAGGGAUCUGGAGGACGCAGGUUCUGCUGAAAGAAACGCUGAAAUUUCCCUCACAGAAAUUCACUCAGACUCCUCUCACCAGUCUGAUCAGGAGCUGGACGUGGAGGAUCACGCUGACCUCUCGCCAGAUCCUCACAUAUCCCUCUGAACCUAGAACUUACUGUAAAUACUGUAAAUACUGUAAAUACUGUAUAUUUGUCUAAACCCUAGGAUAGUUUUAAACUUUAUAAAAUAAGUUAAUAAUUGUACGUUUUUUUAUUGAAUCUGCAGAGAAUGUAGCUAAAAGUGUCUCAAAAAAACAAGGGACAUUUAAUACUGGUGAUUUUUGUGUUUCUCUAUGUAAAAUAACGACCAUAACUCUUCAGGUUUAUGGCCAGAUGCAUGUACAUAUUUUGUGUAAAUCAAUAAACAAAAAGUAUCUUUCCUUGUUAUACAA